AUUUAUGCAACUAUAAAGUAACUGACUAUUUAUUUUAAAUACAGAUAACUCGGACUAAAAUACAAUUCCAUAAUUUCAGCUGUCUCAGGCCCAGAUCAUCUCCCAGGCCCAGCUCCAGCAGUUAAGUUCUCAGACAACAGGGACACCUGUCGCCACUCUGGUGAAGACCGUCUCUGCCCCCAGCGGUCCUAGUGUCACCAUUCCUGUCAGUGCUGUCAGCGUGGGAGGUGUCAACAUACUGUCACAGCAGAAGUUGACAUCAGUGUCCAAGGCCACUGGACUACAGCAGCAGAUCAAGCAGCUUCAGUUCCAACAGCUUCAACAGCAGAGGAAGCUUGGCCAGAUACAGCAACAGAAAGUGGCAACGCUGACCACGACCCCACUGCUGAAGCCCGGGCAGACCACUCCUCUGAGCACAGUGCAGAUCAUCUCUCACCAGGGUCAGCAGAAGGCAGGUCCCACCAUACAGCAGAUCCAGCAGAUCAUUCAGCAGCACCAGCAGAAGGCUCCUUCAGCCCAGGGCCAGUCUAUCCAGCAGUCUGCCCCAACUAUCAUCACCCAGCUUGUCACCCAGUCCAUGGCACAGAUGAUUACCAAGCCUACCACCGCCAUUGCUGCCUCACCAGCCAGGCCGGGCACAGCGGUCACCAUAGCAAUGCCGGUUACCAUAACAACACCUAUGCAACAACAGACGGCGGGGCAGACCACAGUGACUGUGGUGGGCACCUCGGUCUCCAGUCUGGCCACGCCCACAGUGUCAUUAUCUCAUUCAGUAACCCACACGGCAGCGCCCCCUAACGUGACAAUUACCCAGGCGGCAGUGAUACCGUCAGCAGCAGCGGCCACGGUAACCCAGGUAUCCGCGGCCACAGCUGCCGGGGCAUCACGCCCCGUACAGACCCCGGUUAUUGUCAGCGAGCAGCAGGGCACGCAGCAGAGCCCCGUAAAGCAGGUUCAGGUGACGGUGCCGCCAUCGCAGACUAGUAAACCAGAGACGGUGAUCAGUGUGACGUCAGAGGCAGGAACGCCGGGACAGGCAACACAGCAGCAAGGAGGGGACGCCGCUGCUCAGCAGUCUAAAACACCCUACGCUAUGAGGCUGCGGAAUCCACCAAGAAAUACGUAAUUGUUUCUGUCGUUUACAAGUUAGCUUUUGUACUAUGCAUGUUUCUUUUUAGGAGGAAUGUAAUUUCUUAGUCUCCUAGGUUUCAGGAAAUGAAAGAAUUUAACAAGGUAGCAAACAUUAAUGCAUCAUUUCUCCCAAAAUAAAAGACUGAAAUAUAUUAUGGAGAAUUUAUAUGUAUAAAAUGGACUUUGGAGAUCAUAUGAUGAGUAAAGAUUAUUGUGAGUAUAGUUAGGUAAAAUUACAAAGAUUUAUGUUUUAGGUUU